AUGGCUGAAGACCAACUAUCUGGAGAACAAUCGCCCUCGGAGGAGACGCCGCUCAUCACGCGUGCGUCUCCGGCGAUAGAAGAAAGUCGCAUUCAUGUCUCCUACGUCAGAGGGUCAAUCAUUGUUCUAUCUAUGGGGCUGCUGUUGUUUAUUCAGACUACCAACAUGUCGAUGAUGACUACGGCACAGUCAGAUAUUGCGGCCGACCUAGAUGCUUUUUCGGAGACAACCUGGUUCAAUUCGGCUUAUCUGAUUGCCGUGUCCAGUGUCACUCCCGUUGCGGGCCGACUCUCUCAGAUCUUCAGGCCCCGGUUAUACAUUCUCUUCUCCUGUGUGCUUCUGGCUUCUGGCCUCUUCAUCACCGCGGCUGCGCAAAGCCUUACAGUGUUUCUCCUCGGGCGUGCAGUGUCUGGAUGUGGAGGUGGCGGUCUUAUGAUUACGGCUAUCAUAUUGACCCUGGACCUGGCAAGCAAAAAGCGAAGAGGUCUCUUCAUUGGGUUAAUUAAUGUUGGAAUGACAACAGGUAUUGCGACCGGUGCAGUACUUGCAGGUAUACUGACGCCGACUUACGGAUGGCGUGUUAUAUUCUGGAUCCAAGCCCCUCUUGCCUUGAUUCUAGGUCCGGUCCAGUUUUUUGCUAUUCCAAAUGAACUUGGCGAAGGAAAUUCACAAUCUCAGGAUCGGACGCUGCUACAAAAGCUGGCCAAGGUGGACUAUCUUGGGGCCCUGGCUUUGGCAUCAUCCGUCUUCCUACUACUGUAUAGCCUUGCGUCGCCCGAAAUCGCUGUCACACCUAUAAUUCUGUUCCCUAUAGUCUUUUCCGGCUUCUUACUGAUAGAGUCGAAUUUCGCUUCGGAGCCAAUCAUUCCGGUGGAAUUGCUCAAAAUGAGAAGUGUUCUGUUGACAUGUCUAGCAGGCCUUCUAUCAAUGAUGGCUCGUUGGUCUGUUCUCUUCUUCUCGCCCACGUAUGCAUUGGUGGUCCGUAACUGGUCUCCGGCGUCGGCCGGGUUGAUCCUGGUGCCAACGAAUGCAGGUUUUGGGCUGGGUGGCGUCCUAGUUGGAUGGAUCCAUAUCCGUAAAGCUGGAAGCUACUACAUUUCCUGUCUUGUCACAUUCUUUCUUUUCGGACUGUCAGAGCUUUCGUUAGCAGCGCUUUCCACGCCCGACUCACCCACUGCUGCUUAUAUAUUCUUCACUUUCCUCAACGGUCUCUCCAUCGGCGCAAUGAUGAACUACAGCCUAUCACACCUCCUUCACCUCACCCGCCCGGACGUGCAUUACAUCGUAACCGCCCUACUCGGCAUGUCGAGAGGAUUUGCGGGGAGUUUUGGAUCGGCAAUUGGCGGAGGUUUCUUCCAACGGGAACUGAAACGAGGCUUAGAAACCGGCUUUGCCGACCAUGGGUUGGGGAGGAACGAUGAGCUCAUCCGAAAGCUUCUAGGGAGCCCUGCGUUGGUGGGCAGCUUGACUGGUGUUGAGCGCGCGGUUGCCAUACAGAGUUAUGAGCAGUCUGUGAAGACCUUGCUCCUGGGGAGUUUUGUGAUCACGCUUGUGGCGGUGGCUGCUCAGGCCGGGACAGGCUGGACGCCUUUUCAUGAUAAGGAGAAGAGGAGGGAAGAUCUGGAGAGUGUAGACCGAGAUGACUAG